GUUUUGCAAGGAGACAUGGAGAUGGAAAUUCUCUAAAAUAUCACUUUUAAACCGCAAUAUCCACUUAUGAGCAUAAAUAAUCAUCGUUUUGAAUAGGAUUUACAUUUCUUUGAUAUAUAUAGACGGUAUAAUGGCACAAAGUUCACAGUUUGAGGCCCUAGAUGGCUCAGCAGAUCAAGAAAUAGAUGACAUAACUUUGGGACGAGAAGGGAUAAAUAUGAUGCUGAAUAAUGGAUUUUCUGAAGCUGAAGUUCUGUUUAAAAAGUACAGAGAGUUCAGUCCAUUGAUGAGCUAUGGAUACAGCUUUGUGAAUUUCAUGCAAGCCCUGAUGACAUUUGAGGACGCCAAGCUAGCUGCAGCAAUGCAAGAUUUACAAGACACGGAAAAACGUUGUCAGGUCAAAGAUGGAUUCAUGAGUGGUAUCGGUAACAUGUUUCGAGGGGUAAAAUCUGAGAAACCCAAGCUGAGUGCUGAAGAGAAGCUUCAAAGGCAAAUCAUCAUUGCUGAUUGUAUGAUCUGCCAGGCCAUGCUUACGUUCAUCAACCAGGAUAUCACUAGUUAUGUUAAAGGUGGAUGGAUAUUACGUAAAGCUUGGAAAAUCUAUGAGAAAAUCCAUAAGGAGAUUACUCAUUUACAUAACACAGCUAAAGGUAUCAUAGAGAGCCAGUCCUCCGAGAACCUGAAAGCUCAAGGCUCAAGUGUCGAUGGCAACGGUGUUGAAGAAGCUCUAGAAAUACUCAAUGAAUCAGACAUUCCAGAAAACAACAUAAAUGGAUCUAAUAACACAGAGAAACGAACUCUGAAAGAUCUCCGUAGUGAUAGUGUCCAAAGUAACCUACUUAGCUUAGACUUUGAUGGCUCUACAGUUGAAUUCUCUGAAGAGACUUUAGAGAGGUUACUUGGCUCUGUGAACUUUGGCUAUGGCAACUUCCAGCUAUGUAUAUCUAUGGUGCCACCCAAGAUAUUGAAGUUGAUUGAGUUUCUUGGUUUUGAGGGUGACAGGGAUGUUGGAUUGAAAGCUCUGGACCAUUGUAGUCACAGUAAAGAUAUGAAAGCACCUCUAGCCAGACUAGGCCUACUCUGGUACCACACUGUGAUUCGACAGUUCUUUGCUUUAGAUGGGGCAGACACUAAUGCAGGUAUACCAGAGGCUGAGAUUAUUCUUGAGGAGGUCGAGAAGGAAUAUCCUGAUUCUGCACUGUUUCUCUUCUACAAGGGGAGGUUACAACGAUUAAAGUGUGAGUUGAAUGCUGCCAUGGUAACCUAUGAGGAGGCACUACAGAAAGCUGAGAAGCAGCGAGAAAUCCAAAUAAUAUGUCUGUAUGAGAUAGGUUGGGGAAGUGUCAUGAGGCUCAAAUGGCAGGAGGGCUUGAAGUGUUUUCUGAGGUUGAGGGAAGAAUCUCGCUGGUCUAAAGCAUAUUAUGCCUAUCUGUCAGGAAUCUGUCAGGGGGCCCUGGGAGAUGUAAAGGGAGCAUAUGAAACAUUUAAGGAAGUUCCUAAACUGAUCAAGAGAAAGAACAAUCAGAUUGAAGCCUUCUGUGCUAAAAGGGUUGAGAGAUAUAAGAAGAAAGCAGCCACCCAGGAACACUGUGUGUUACUUGGCCUAGAAGUUCUCUACCUUUGGAAUGUUCUUCCACAAUGUAACAAGGAAGAUUUAGAAAAUAUGAAACAAGAAUGCGACAAACAGAUGGAUAAGAAUGUGUUCCACUUGAGGAGUCUAAUAGAAGCUGCACUUUAUAAGGAACAAGGGGAAAAUGAAAUAGCAAUACAGUGCUUUGAGGAGGCAAUUGCCAGACAGAAUGGAAUGAAGGAUGACUUGCAUGUAGUUGCAUUUGCAACCUAUGAGAUUGCAUCACUGCUGAUACUCUCACCUGAGACUUUGGAGCAAGGGAAAAAGAUGUUGAUCAAAGCAAAGGACAAAUAUAAAGACUAUGAAUUUGAAAAUCGUUUAAACGUUAGAAUUCAUGCAGCAUUGAAACGUUUGAAAGAGAAACCUGCUGAAAAAUAAAUAGUAGGAAUCAAGAUUCCAUCCAGUGCAUCAUGGUACUUUAGUUAUGAACUACCAUCACUAGAGGACUAACGAUACCAUGACCUAAUCACUACACAACUCAUGGAAAGCAGCGCAGCUAGAAGGACUUGAUAUUUAAACAUAUGCUUAUCUGCUUAUCGUAUAGUUUUUAGUUUUGUGUCGUCAUAAAAACGUGAUUUGAUAUUCUUCUACUUUCAAUUGAUAUUUUAGUGAAUUGUUCAAAAUGUAACGUUCAUGAACAAGAUGUACUAUUGUACAUGUAGGUGGUAUACUAGCAGAUAUUGUAUGUGUGAUGUGAAUUGAUACCAUUAGUAUAUUUCUACUGGAAAUGGUGCCAUUUUGUUGAAGCUUACUCUCUGGUUUGUAUUACACUACUUCGUAUGACAUGUGUUCUUGUAUUUUGCAUGUACUUGUAUUGCAUAUGUACAGUCCUGUACUUGUAUUGUUUA